CAAGCUUUUCAAACAGAAAUGUCACGACUUUUAUUUUGAAGCACAUAACCGGAAAUCCUGUAUCCCAUUAGUGGUGCUACCUUAACAGUGGUCCGCUCAGGCCCAGUCAAAACAAUGCAGCUCAUCUGGCCUGCUGCGUUCAGCUCUAAAUGUUCAACUAAAUAUUAACUGUUAACUUUGGUAAAUUCCCCUCCCGGUGUUGUGACUCGGUACCGGUUGAAUCCCGUCGUUUAACCGGGUAACAGUGUCUUUAGCUGUGUGUGUUGUGGGUGUUUUAGUCGGUAGCAUGGUGGAGUAGUCAGACCUCCAGCGGACCGGAGGAUCUCAUCAUCUCUCCCCGGCUGAAGGCUCCUCUCCGCCGGGUGAAGCUCCACCAUGGCCCCGGGCUCUCUGGUGGCGGCCUGCCGCAGCCUGGCUCUCUCCACCUGGCUGCUGUCCUUCUGCUUCGUGCACCUGCUGUGCCUGGACUUCACGGUGGCCGAGCGGGAGGAGUGGUACACCGCCUUCGUGAACAUCACCUACGUGGAUCCGGCCACCUCGGAGCUGCGCACCGAGAAGACGGAGUGCGGCCGCUACGGAGAGCACAGUCCGAAGAGGGACGCCAAGGGGGUGGUGGUGCUACCGGCAGCGAGCCACGACCGGCAGGCCUGCGACCCCAACACCCGGUUCCUGCUGCCCGCCCAGGCUGGAGCUGGCUCCGGGUCCUGGGUGGCUCUGAUCGCCCAGGGGAACUGCACCUGCAGGGAGAAGAUCCGCCACGCUGCAGCCCACAACGCCUCCGCCGUGGUCAUCUUCAAUGUGGGGGCGAAUAACCCCAACGAGACCAUCACCAUGCAUCAUCCAGGUACAGGUGAGGUGGUCGCCAUCAUGAUCCCGGAGCCCAAAGGCCGCGAGGUCGCGUUGCUGCUGGAGCGCAAUGUGACGGUCACCAUGACGAUCACCAUCGGGACGAGGAACCUGCAGAAGUACGUGAGCAGGACGUCGGUGGUGUUCGUGUCCAUCUCCUUCAUCGUGCUGAUGAUCAUCUCCCUCGCCUGGCUUGUCUUCUACUACAUCCAGAGGUUCAGAUACGCCAACGCGAGGGACAGGAACCAGCGUCGUCUUGGCGACGCGGCGAAGAAAGCCAUCAGUAAACUGCAAGUACGCACCAUCAGGAAGGGCGACCAGGAGACGGAGGCCGACUUCGACAACUGUGCCGUCUGCAUCGAGGGCUACAAGCCCAACGACGUGGUCCGCAUACUGCCCUGCAGACAUUUGUUCCAUAAGAGCUGCGUGGAUCCGUGGCUGCUGGAUCAUCGCACGUGUCCCAUGUGCAAGAUGAACAUCCUCAAAGCCCUGGGCAUCGCUCUGAACGCCGACUGCCUGGACGACCUGCCGCUGGACUACGACCUGGCCCUGGGCGGCGUGGGCGGCGUGGGAGUGGGUGGAGUCGGGGCCCUGGCCCUGGAGGCCGUGGUGUCCGGGGCGUCCAGCGACGGCACGCUGAGCGAGGGCGGCUCCUCCGUGGUGCUGGACCCCGGCGUGAGACGGGUGGGACUCCCUCAGGACUACCAGGACCCCGACACCCUGAGAGACAGCCCAGUGACGGCCACCACCGACACACACACAGGUGAGCUCCAGCCGAUGGCGAGCAGCGCCUCGGUGGCGUCCUUGGUCAUCACCGUGGAAACGGGUCUCUCAGACGAGGAGGGGUCCGUGGACCAGUCUCAGCUGGUGGACAAGUCCUGAGACGAGCCGAAGCCACAACGGACUCAAAUCAGGUUCCGAUUUUUUUAACGAGAGAACGACCUGACUGAAACCAGAACCUGACUGCACUAGACUGAGAGCGACCCCGGGACCUGGUUCUGGUUUUGACUGGCUCCAAUUUGGAUGGAAGCUAAAACCCAGAACCAGGUUUUUUUUUUCUCUUUGGACCUGUGUGAUACAGAACGUAAACCAAACCAACUUGUCUGGACUCCAGGUGGACUGGAGCCGAGCUAGAAGCAGGUCUAGACUUUGACGGGUUUAGUUGGAUAAACGUGUGAGUGUGUUGGUUUUGAUCUGGACCCAACGGACCUGGUUUGGCUUCAUUGUUAGUCUCCUCCUGGACUCUUGGCAAGGCUGGACCUAACCUGGUCUAACAUGGGUGUUAUCCAGCGUGGUUACCUGGAUUUUCCCCCUCGGUUCUCCUCGGUUCAACCAGGUGUUCAUCCAACGUUAAACUGGGAUAUAACUCGGUCUACCUGUCUGUCGUCGCCACGUCUUAAUCGACCCAUUUUCUGGUCCUACCCAUCUGUCAUUAAUCCACGUCGACAGGAAGUUCAAAUCCAGUCCUUCAUUUCAAAUAUUGUGGACCUCGUCGCCACAUUCGUCUCCUGACUUGACGGACCUUCGAAAGGUCGGAUGGGAUUCAAACUCCACGACGUAGAAACUGAGAAAGUCGGCUGCCAAAAGACGAUUGGGAGGUCGUCAGCAAAUCUGAAGGAUCUCCAAACACAUCUGAUCUAGAUUUACCUGCGUACUUCUACCUGUUGUACUUCAGUAAGUAGUACUCUUUGUGGAAUAUUCUGCUACGUGGUUUUUCCAGGUAAGAAAACGAAACAAAACCUGAUGGAACUGCUCACUUCCUGUCCGGGUCUCGGAAGAUUGAAUCCCUUUUGAUUGGCCUGCCGACACGCCAGGUUUCUCGAUGCGUCUGCGGUGACCGAUUUAAAUUUUUUGGAAAGGAACUCUUUUAUUUUUGAGAGGACACACCAGCUACUCUGGGCGGUGGCUUCGUGUUUCUUUCUCUCGUGUCGUGGCAGUAUUACAGCUACAGUUUGUCUGCAGUAUUGAACAGCAACUACACAGUAUUUUUUAUUUUCUUCUUUUUGCCUGUCAGUAUAAUUCAAGGCUCCUUUUAUCUUUACAGUCCAGUAGUACUGGCAGUAUUUGGUUUCUGUCUUCGGCUGUGGUUCCAAACAGGGUUCCUAUGGGCGUCUGGGUGACUGUUUGCAGGGUUGUACAGAAUAUAAAGGUGUGAGAAAGGUUGAUGAAAUGGUAUUUGUAAAGCACAGAUGGAAAUAGGUAAAAGGUAUGAAUCUUCGAACGUUGGAUGAUGGAGGAGAGUUUUCAGCUGCCCCACCAUCUGUUCUCCUCAAUAGUUUCUCUAUUCACACCAUUUUAAAAAGCGUCCGUACCGCCGGGGCAGACGCUUCAUGUUUUUAUUGAUUUUGUACAUUUUGUUAAUUCACACUUUUAAUCGGCCUUUCUUUUAUAACAAUCGACCGGCCUCGACGCGGAGCUCACACUGAAGGUGAUUGAAACUCCCCAUUGGGUUUUGUCCAUUGACGAUCAUGUCCUCAACAAUGUUGACAAAAACAGAGAAAGGCAGCGUCAAGGCCUUUACACACUGGGGGACCAAUAAACGACAAAUUUACCAGCAGCGAUGCGACUUUGCAACACUUUUUCAAUAAAGGGUUCAAAUAGAUUUGCGUAGGCAGAGGACCGACUACCUAUAGGAUCCUAUGGGGAAUGGGAAUGUGACCUCACCGACAGCAAUUCGGGCAUUCUUGAUGGAUAAAAGUUAAGAACGCCAUCCGAUUGUGGUUUACGGCAAGUGUCAAAAGAACUACAGUCAGACACAAAGGUAGGCUAACGUUACGGGUUUCAUUUUGCAAGAUACCGGUAGAUUGAUUAUGCCGUAUUGCCAACGUUUUCUUAGUAUUCGCUAGUUAGCAUAACAUUAGCUAGCUUAUCUUUGUCCGGACGAUUGUGUAGUUGGCAUUUGGCUCGUAGAUCUUAAUGUCAUAUACCCACCCGUUUGUAAGUUGAUCAUGGGCCUCCAAAGAUUGAUAGCUAACUUGCCCCUUUGUCUCUGUCAGCUUCUCUUUAUAUGGGCAUUUGUCUUUCGCACAUACUUUAUACAUUUCUGAUGAUGAACGAUGACAGAUAACGAUACCGUAGCUCCGUAUGCUACCCUCCAGAACGAUUUCCAUUCCCUAUCGAGCCAGAGCAGCGUCUGGCAGUCUGUCUGAGGUAAACUGUUGUGUAGCCUAAACUACUGUAAGCUAUUUUCCUUUAAGCGAAAUGCUCCGAGUGAAUUUGCCUCUGGUAAAGAAGUUAUUUAGUGUAUAUGUCUAGGGCUUUUAUUGUGAAAGGUAAGAACAGAAGAAGUGUCUCUGGGCUGCGCUGCUUUUGUCAAGGUUGAAAGGAGUAAUAAAGUUAGCCGUCUUGGUUCAGACUGUACGCUUUAAUGUACGUAUUGAAUACGUCCGUGAUUGGUUGAUGCCAUUAUUUGCGGUGCAAAAAAUCGACGUACUGUUUCUCAUUCCAAAAACAACUUUUAAUGUAUGUAAUAUUCAGGUUCCGUGUGAAAGUACUCGUGACUAAAACAGUUGGAGAAAUAUAUUGACGGCCACAAGAAAAGCCCCCCUGUGUGUAAAGGCCUCUACUUGUCUGAUUCGACUAUGAACGGAAAGUAAUAAGCUGCUCUGCCCGGCAACAAAGUGCAGUUUUAUGUCACCGCAGUUUCAGUCAAGACUACAGUUUGAGCCACAGCAUGUGAAACACUACUUCAGUAAUAUUUAAAAUAUCGGACCGUAGAACCAACCAUCAUUUUGGACAUACCAGAACUUCAUCCGAACGUCUGACAGCCAGAUCGUUAACAGUUCAGACAAUUAAUCGGGCGUCGUAAUCUGGUGGAACUUCGAUCCAAUUCUACGAGUUGGGGGGACCAAUUUUACCCCAAAUUGGUCACCCCAACUCUUACAAUUGGUCACGCCAACUCAUACAAUUGGUCACUCCAACUCUUACAAUUUGUCACCCCAACUCUUACAAUUGGUCACCCCAACUCGUACAAUUGGUCACCCCAACUGUUACAAUUGGUCACCCCAACUCGUACAAUUGGUCACUCCAACUCUUACAAUUGAUCAGCCCAACUCGUACAAUUGGUCACCCCAACUCGUACAAUUGGUCACCCCAACUCGUACAAUUGGUCACCCCAACUCUUACAAUUGGUCACCCCAACUCUUACAAUUUGUCACCCCAACUCUUACAAUUGGUCACCCCAAUUCUUACAAUUGGUCACCCCAACUCGUACAAUUGGUCACCCCAAUUCUUACAAUUGGUCACCCCAACUCGUACAAUUGGUCACCCCAACUCGUACAAUUGGUCACUCCAACUCUUACAAUUGGUCACCCCAACUCGUACAAUUGGUCACCCCAACUCUUACAAUUGGUCACCCCAACUCUUACAAUUGGUCACCCCAAUUCUUACAAUUGGUCACCCCAACUCGUACAAUUGGUCACCCCAAUUCUUACAAUUGGUCACCCCAACUCGUACAAUUGGUCACCCCAACUCUUACAAUUGGUCACCCCAACUCUUACAAUUGGUCACCCCAACUCGUACAAUUGGUCACCCCAACUCUUACAAUUGGUCACCCCAAUUCUGCGAGUCUGGGGUGACCAAUUUGGGGUUUAAUCCGUACAGAGUCUGCCUGGCUGAAGGUAGAGGAUGGAAAGACUUCCGUGGCCGUCUGUCCUGAGUCGUAACGUUCGGUAAACGUUGAAAUGCCAUGUUGGAACCCUGUCUAUAGUUUUGUUUUACUGUCCGUCCGUCCGUCCGUCCGUCUGCCUGACCACACGUGUCCAUUACCACGGCCUCACGCUGCCUUUUUAAAAAACACCUUUUACCUUUAACCCUGACAAUCAAGACAAUCUCUUUCCCUUGCUAGUCCGGGGAUCUUUUUCUCUGAACUCCAGCAAACCUAAGAGGUGCUUUUUCAAACCCUCCGUCUGUCACGCCAACAACCAGGUGUUACCUGCCAUUAACCAUUUCCAGAGUUUAAAUUUAAACAAGCUGUGAAAGACGACAGAAAGACGGUAACACAUUCAGAGCUGAGUAGACGCUGAGCAUGUAAAUAUAAAAAUGUAUAUUCCACUCGUUCACUACGACCAUCGCUGUCGGUUUGCCAAACUGGUGUUCAGACUGCGUAGGCGCUGCGGUCGCGUCGUGGUGCCGCCGCCAAGAGAGAUAAAGAUUGUCGUCUAUUUUGAUACCAGAGGAGACGUUUAUUUUUGUAACGAAGACACCCAGCAGCAAAGACUGAUUUCCCCUCGUCAGCCCACGGCCUGGUGAUCCUCAAUGUGAUUGAGUAUUGAUCAGGCAGAUUUAAGUGUUGAUUAUUUGUGUAAUUGUACAUACAAACAGUGCGCAAAGGACCUUGAUGAAAUGACUCUAAACUAUUGUGUCUGUAAACAUUCGGGAUGUGAUUGUUGAUGACUGAACAGGAGUAAAAAACCUGGAGAACCAAUGAAUUGUAUUCAAGACUUGCAGUAAAAUUUAAGCAAAAGCAAAGCCAAUCCUGCAACAAGCCUCCAAAAUAAGA